AUGGCGGCUCAUGUGUCAGCUAACCCGACACCACCGACAAACAGCGAUGCGCGGGGACCUUUGAGCCACACCACCACUGAGAGCAUGCCUGCACCGGCGCCUGUGAAUCGCAAGAAACAAAAACGUCGACAGAAACAGGCGGCCCGCCUCGCCGCGGAUCCGUCUGACGUGCAUACCUCCGCGGACCUGGACUCGACGGCCGAUGACCAACAUUCCAAUGAUCACGAAGUCGACAGUGCAGAUCUUGACCAUGCUCGAAAACAAAGAAAAAGAAGAACAAGAAAAGCCGCUCUGACUCACCACGCUCUCGCCGAUGGCAGCUCAACUCCUCUUUCCUCACCUUCCGCUAGCUUCUCUCACCCUCCACAUCCACAUUCGCUGCCAUUUUCUCGAUUCCCUGCCAAGUCCGGCAAGGAAAACAGUAUAUGGAACCAAUCUUCUUUGGAGGAGCGGGAAAAUAUUCGAAAAUUUUGGUUUGAGUUGGGCGAAGAGGAACGGCGGCAACUUGUGAAAGUAGAGAAAGAUGCCGUCUUGAAGAAGAUGAAAGAGCAACAAAAGCACUCUUGUAGCUGCACCGUCUGUGGCCGAAAGCGAACCGCAAUUGAGGAAGAGCUUGAGGUCUUGUAUGAUGCGUAUUACGAGGAGUUGGAGCAAUACGCCAACAACAACCAAGACUCAUUUGACGAAGGCGCACCUAUCAUUCCUCCACCUCGAUUAUACCAACCGCCGCUUCGAUCUCCUGGUCAGCAUACCCGCACGCACGGCCAAUAUCACCCAUCAAGAGGCCGAGUUCAGGAGCUGCCUGAGGAUGAAGAAGAUGAGGAAGAAGACGAGGAUCUAGAAGAGGAUUAUGACGAUGAGGAGGAAGAGGAUGAUGAUGAGCUGUACAGUGAUGAUGAAUUUGAGGAGGACGACGAAGCUCGCGCCGCUCGAGCAGACUUUUUCGCGUUUGGAAAUAGUUUAACUGUGAAAGAUGGUAUCCUCACUGUGGCAGACGAUCUUCUCAAAAACGAUGGUAAGCACUUCAUUGACAUGAUGGAGCAACUAGCCGAGCGUCGAAUGCAACGAGAAGAAGACACACAAUACAAUAUCGCUGCCGCCCACCAAUCAUUCCAUGCUGGUCAUAAUCACGGGCCCCUUGAUGAUGAUGAUUAUGACGACGAAGAGGACGAAGAUUAUGACAGCCAGGAAGAGGAGGAGUUUGAUGAGGACGAGAUGGAUGCUAUGACCGAAGAACAGCGCAUGCAAGAAGGCCGCCGAAUGUUCCAAAUUUUUGCCGCUCGCAUGUUUGAACAACGAGUCAUGACCGCAUAUCGAGAGAAAGUUGCCGAACAACGCCAGAAGCAGCUCAUUGAGGAGCUUCUAGAAGAGGAGACUCGGAACGAGCAGCGCAAUGCGAAGAAGGCACGAGAAGCAUUGAAGAAGAAGGACAAGAAGCGAUUACAGAAACUGGCUAAAGAAGAAGAGAAAGCUCGUCGGGAUGCCGAGAAAGCGGCUGAAGAGGCCGCUGUGAAGGCUGCUCAAGAGAAAAAGCUCGAGGAACAACGAUUGAGGCGUGAAGAACAGCGAUUGAAGCGAGAGGCUGAGCGCAAGGCCCAGGAAGAGGAACGUGCACGCAAGGAAGCAGAGAAGCAACGGCGUAUCAGAGAAGAAAGGGACCGGCAAGCUGAAGCAGAACGCAAGCAGCGAGAGCAGAAGGAGGAGAAAAAGAGGCGUGAGGAAGCGAAGCGCAAGGAGAAAGAAGAGCGUGAAGCCCGUGAGAAGAAGAUGAAAGACGAGCAGCGUGAGGAACAGGCAAAGCGAGAUCGUGAAGCGGCAGCUAAAGCAGAGCAUGAGGCCAGAGAACGCUCUGGAAAACGGGAUAUUCAAGCCAGACCCGCACCUCAUUCUGGGACUAGUAUCGCCAUGCCGACGAACCUUUCAUCGCAACCCGUUCCUGGCUCUCUCCAAUCCCCCCACUACACGCCAGCCGCUCCUAAAGUUUCCACUCCCGCGAGACCACGACAGACGUCACAGCAGGGAUCUCACACCUCUUCUCCUCACUCCCAGCCAUCUUCCUCGGACAUCUUCCCGCAACCUUCCAUCUCUCCACGUUCCAUGACGCAGUCUCAAUCUGGGGCUAUCGGUAGCAGACCAGGCCACCACCAGCAACCUCCUUUGCACCAUCCUCAACCUUCGGCUCCUUUAUCACCCCUUGGUAGAACCCACCCUCCUGGCUUCCCUGGCUUUGGUGGUCUACCUUCAAAUCCACCAGGCCUGCCAGGUAUGGGUGCUCGGCCUCUUGGACCUCCAGACUAUGGCAUGUACUCUCCCAACUCAGCGAUGAUAAACCCGCUCCGCGCUUUCGCUGGACCGGGUGGAAUUGCUGCGCCUCCUGGAAUCAAUGGAGUACGUCCAAUGCCCUCUGGAAGAGGAUUCCCAGAUCCUGGACACGGUCUUCCUUUCUCUGGACAUGCAAUGCCUGGUGCAUUCCACCAACCGGGGUCGCACUCAAGACAGCAGUCGGGUUCGUUUGAAAGAUCUCCGCUAGAUUCAAGUGGCCAAUGGCCUCGACCCAGUCCUAUCAAGCGACCAUCGAGUGGUGCACAGGAGAAUGGUCACCAAGUAGACGACUUAAGCACUCAACUGGGUAGCAGCGCGCUACUUGAUGACACUGAUGCCAAUAAUUCGUCCAAUCUUUCGCAGUCAUUGCCCGGUCCCACUUUGCCAGGGCAGUUCCCUCUUCCAUCGCGAGCUAGCUUCCAAGGGGCUUCAUUCUUCACUGACCCUCUGGGAUCCAAGGCCGCCAGUUUUGGAUGGGGUACAUCGCUCGGGGGCCCUACUUUCCCCGCCUCGUCAACUUGGGGAGCAACAGCAACUGGUAAUGGGAGCGGCUGGCCGCAACAGCUGAAGCAUAACAUCUUCGCCCCACCCAACGCGCAUCAUCGCCCACAUACCUCUCGACCUGUUCUCAUUCGUCUCUUGGUGAUCCAGGCCUGCAAGACACUCAACACGCACAGUCCCAGGCCCGGUUCUGGGGGUUACCACAACGUGAAUCUGGUACUUAUGCAGGUAGAGCUUCUGCGUCCUCCCAACGAACCAACCAUUAAGUUGGAUGAGAUGCUGGAGAUCUGCGACACUGAAGGUAACACUCAGAACGGCGGUGGGUCAUUCUCUAUCAAGGAAGAUGCGAAUGGCCAGCACGUCAAGUUUGAGCCGGAUACCAACAGUGCUUCUGGUCACCGCGGCAGUAUUGUCCCAGGUGAUAUCGGUAGCCCAGUCCCUGGGAACAGCCACCCUGCCGGCCAGUUUGGCAUCGCGCCCCGACCAUACCACCCGCCUGCCGGAUUGUUUGGCGGAACUUAA